AAUGCAGAGUACAAUGCCCGCUUCAGAAAAUUUCCCAAUAUCACGAGAGAUGAGGUUGGAGCACAUCCGGGGAUCUACAUAGACGAAGCUCCAUGCACAGAGGAAAAGUACGACUGCGCUAAACUUGCACAAUGUCGUGGAAUAAAGAUUAAGUCGAAAAUUGAUGAAGAGUUAGAAGGAGAGAUCGAUUUAUGUGCCGAGUAUGAGAGUGAAAUCGAAAUCAUAUUCAUCGAACAGGAACACACCGAAGUCCCGCUGCAUACUGGGAAAAAUUACCUCCUUCGACUGAGAGAAGAAGCGAGCUGGAGGGUUUCUUCACGACCUCCCGCACAUUACGACAAUUCAAAAGCAUGCUUAGAGCAGGGGAUUGUACUGCAGAAGAAUGGAGACCUACUGUUGACUAGGCUCACCUCCAGAGAUGUGAGACGGCAUGUAGAAGUAACACUUUCGGAUGGCAGAAAGAUCAGUAUACAAUUCAGUAAUGCA